AUGUCCCUUUCCAAUAGCAGUGAUGCCCUUCUGGAUACAUUCUUCCUGUUAGGCAUCCCUGGGCUAGAAGCUGUGCACAUCUGGAUCUCCAUCCCAUUCUGCUCCAUGUACUUUUUUGCCCUGCUUGGGAACUCUGCCCUCAUUGUCAUCAUCACCACUGAGCGCAGCCUCCACAAGCCCAUGUACAUCUUCCUCUCUGUGCUCUCUGCUACUGAUCUCGCCCUCAGCUCCACCACGGUGCCCAAGAUGCUUCAGAUCCUGUGGUUUGGGGCCAGGAGCAUCUCCUUCAGCGGCUGCCUGACCCAGAUGUUCUUCGUCCACAGCGUCUUUGCCCUGGAGUCCUUCAUCCUCCUGGCCAUGGCCUUUGACCGCUACAUGGCCAUCUGCCACCCGCUGCGUUAUGCUUCGGUCCUGACGCCCCAGGCCAUUGGGAAGACCGGCAUCAUGGGCAUCGUCCGCAGCAUGGCCGUUGUGUCCCCAUUCAUCUUCCUUCUCAAGCGGCUGCCAUACUGUGGCCACCGCCUCAUCCCCCACACAUACUGUGAGCACAUGGGCAUAGCCAGGCUGGCCUGCAGCGACAUCACUGUGAACGUCGUGUAUGGCCUGACCGUUGCCCUCCUCGCCAUGGGGCUGGACGCUGUGCUCAUCGCUGCGUCAUAUGUGCUGAUCCUCUGCACUGUCUUCAAACUCCCCUCCCACAAGGCCCGGCGUAAAGCCCUCAACACCUACGGCUCCCACCUCUGCGUCAUCCUCAUCUUUUACAUCCCAGCCUUCUUCUCCUUCCUGACCCACCGCUUCGGGCGCCAUAUCCCUCACCACGUCCACAUUUUCCUGGCCAACCUUUAUGUGCUGGUCCCGCCUAUGCUGAACCCCACCGUCUAUGGGGUGAACACCAAGGAGAUACGUAAGCAGGUUCUGAAGAUAUUUCUCCUUAGGAGGGGAGAGUUCUAA